UACAAUUAUUUCUCUUAAAUGUCAAGGUACACAUUUGUAGUUACACAUUUAAAAAAUUGCUCAAAAUCGUAUUAAUAUAUCGUAAUGGCCAAAGAACCGGAGAAACCGGAAAAGAACCCAAAGAAGGAGCCACCCAAACCCGACAAAAAGAAAGUACAGGAGCCUAUAGUGCGAUCACCGGAGAGCAUUAUCCAGGACAAGUGCAUCACGGACUUUUGCCUCAAAGGGGGAAGUGGUCUCCUAAUCGGCGGCGUAGUCACUCUCUUCUUCACACGUCCCCAAACAUACCCGCUUUGGCUCGGACUGGGAGUCGGCAUGGGAGUGGCCUACGACUGUUGCAAUGCCCGUUGGAGAGCUUACGAUGCACAAACUCGCUAGUCCUGAACUAGUCCAGCUAUUUCGUUUUAGAUGCAACACUUCAUUGAAUUUAUUUUAUUAAAGUACCUCAUUUGAACAUGGUGAUAUAUAAGUUA